AUGGAAUUUAUAAAUAAAAAAAUAAAUGAAAAGUCAAGAGAUAUUUUACAAGGUUUAAUAUCACAUGCAGAUAAACAAGCACGUAAAUCAACAAGAAAUGAAUUAAUUGAAAUAAAUAAAGGUCAUUACAAAAAAUAUUUAAAUCUUGUUCCUAUGAUUGCCACUGUAAAAGUUAUUAGGACAUGCUUUAAAGAACCCUUAAAUUUUCACAUGGUUAUUGAGUGUGAAAACUCUAAUACAACACCACAAAAAACCCAAUCUAGAUACAAAUCAUUUGACUCUAAUUGGAGUGAAGAUAAACCAUUUGAAUUUUUGAUGGAAAAAAUAGAAAAAAAAGGAUUUAAUAUUAAUUUUAUGAUUAUUCAGGAAAAUAAAUAUCUUUUUAAUAAUACCAAAUCUAUUUUAUCAGUUCAUAUAGAUCAAGGUUUUAUUGGUUCAUCUUUAGAGGUUCGAAAGAAAGUUUAUUUCGAAAGUAUUAGAGAAGGAUUGGAGGACGAUAUUAUUAUAGGAAAUAUUGAAUUUGAAAUUACAAUGGCACCAAUUAAAGAUUUCGGCCUAAGAUAUUGGGAAAGAUUACCAGUUUUUGACCCAAACUUUACAGUUCCACCCUAUGCAAUGCCAUCAGAUAGUUUUGUACACCAUGAUGAGUUUAAUGAACUUAUUGUUGGUUUUGUAAUUGUAUACUGGUUAUUAAGAGGUGAAAAAAAUUCAUUUGAAAUGUUACCACCAAAUAUUCAAUCAAGAUGUGACUUUAGCAACACUGAUGAAUUUUUUACAUCAAGAAGACUCAAUGGUUGCAAUAGACCUUACAAUAAUUUCGAAAUGGUCCAAGAUAAAGAGUGGCAAUAUGAACUUAACCUUUGCUUUACAGGGUGGGAAAUAAAAAAAGAUGUUUGGUUUCCAGAUAACACCAGUUGUAGAUUCAAGCUAAUCAAUGAUGAGUUAGAAAUUCAUUCAAUUGCAUAUCAAAUGCAUAAAGAUGGUGAAACUAUUGUACAGAUGGCCGAUGGAUCUCAAGAAUGGAAUGAUUUAAAAAUAAAAUAUAUGAUGAUCGAAUUCAACUAUAAUAUUAACUGGGGCCACGUCGGUGUACACUAUAUAGUUGAAAUGUUUAACAUGGCUUUCUACAGAAAUAUAGUUCACAACCCCAUCAAGAAUUUAUUAUAUCCACAUUUUGAUGGUGUAAUAUUUAACAAUUGGUUGGUUGUAAGACCCAUGAUUGACGGUGUAGUCACUUUAGCAGCAGCAUUCACAUAUGAGGGUCAAGUUCAGAUGCUUAGGGAUAAAUUCAAAGAAGUCACUUACAAAUGGGAACCAACAUCUCUUCCAGAGAAUAUCAAAAACAAUGUAUAUGAUCCAGCCAAUCAAGCUAUAUGGAAUGGAAUAAAGGAAUAUGUUGAAGAUUUCUUUUUACAUAACCAAAAUGAAAUUUUAAAAUACUGGGGGGAAAUUGAAAAAGUUAGUGAUGAUUUAAAGGAACAUAGUUUGAAUCCUGAUAACAAUCAAGUUGAAAUUAAAACCAUUCAAGAUUUACAACAGUGUUCAGUUUAUAUUAUUUAUCAAGCAGUAUUUCAACAUGCAUGGAUCCAUUGGAAAGCAUGGGAUGAAGAAGCAGAAGCCGUAAUUUUCAACAAGGGUGGAGAAACAUCACUAAAAAAUAUUAAAUACUAUCAAAACUUGGGUAAUGCAAUCGAAGCUGGUGUACAAUAUCCAUCACCAUAUGUAAGACAGUAUCCAAUUUUAGAUAGUGAAUUUGGUGGGCCCGAAUUACUUCAAAAGAAAAUAUGGGAAAAUGCUCAUAAAAUAAAUCCUGGCAUUUCAAUUGGUUCUUUAGUUAUGUCACCAAAUAUUUAA